AUGGCGCCCCCACGGGCCCUGCUAAGGGCACUAGCGCCCCAAGAGGUCCUGCCAGGGACAGCGGCGCCCCCCAAGAACCCUGCGAGAAACGGUGGUGCACCCAGGGUCCCUGCCAGGGGUGGCAGUGCCCCCGGGGCUCCUCUCAGAAACUGUGAUGCCUCCAGGGGCCCUGCCAGGGGUGGUGGGACCCCUAGGACCCCUGCCAGGUCCAACUGCACCCGCAGGGGCCUUCUCAGUGGCGGCGGCGCCCUCAGGGGCCCUGCUAUGGGCGGUGGCUCCCUAUUGGGCCUUACUAGGGGCGAUGGUGCCCCCAGGGGCCAUGUGAGGGACAUUGGCGCCCCAAAGGGCCCUGCAAGUAGCGGUGGCUCCGCAGGGGCGGUGGCAUCCCAGGGGCCCUCCAAGGGGUGGUAG